CACAUCCAGCUUUCUUCUGAUGCCUCCCAACAUUCCCACCCCCCUCGCCACGGAGGCAGCAUUUUUAAAGCUGAAGCUCAGGUGGCUGGAGCACACAGGAGGCAUGGACUCCCCACGGCUGUCAAAGCCUGGCAAGAAGCACAAGAAAAAUAAAAAGGGUGAACAUCAUGAAGAGAAAAGCAAAGAGGUCACGACAACUCCUGCGCACUCCACUCUGGCUUUGGUUGAGGAGGACUCAGGGGAAGGUGACCCAUGGGACAUGCCAGAGCUGAAGGACACGGGGGUUUCAUGGUCAGAAUUAGACACCAAAGGGAAAGUGCUGAGAGUUCUGGUGUCUGUGGCGAAAGCUGUUGCAUUACUUGCACUCCUUUACAUGUUCAUCUGCUCCCUUGACAUCCUCAGCUCAGCUUUUCAGCUUGUUGGAGGAAAAGCCGCAGGCGACAUCUUUCAGGAUAACUCGGUUUUGUCCAACCCUCUGGCUGGUCUUGUCAUUGGUGUCCUGGUGACUCUGCUGGUCCAGAGUUCAUCCACGUCCUCCUCCAUAGUUGUCAGCAUGGUUUCCUCUGGAAUUCUGAAGGUCCAGGUGGCUGUUCCCAUCAUCAUGGGCACCAACAUUGGCACCUCUGUAACCAACACCUUGGUUGCCAUGACGCAGGCUGGAGACCGUAGCACCUUUCGCAGGGCCUUUGCUGGGGCCACAGUGCACGAUUUCUUCAACUGGCUCUCCGUGUUGGUGCUGCUGCCUCUUGAAGUGGCCUCUGGUUACUUGUACAGAGUCACUAAGCUCAUCAUUGACUCCUUUCAAAUCCAAAGUGGAGAGGCCCCAGACCUGUUAAACGUCAUCACCGACCCCCUCACCGAGUCCAUCAUACAGCUGGAUAAGUCUGUCAUCAGUGGAGUCGCCACCGGGGAUCCAGAAGCUCGAAACAAGAGUCUCAUCAAGAAGUGGUGCCUGACCUACACCAACACAAGCCUACAGAAUGUCACAGUUGAAGGUCCAGAGAACUGCACUUCUCCAGAAUUCUGCUGGUUUGACGGCAAUUAUACCUUCACACUGAAGAAUGUGUCAGAAACAUUCAACUUAGAGAAAUGUAAGCAUGCCUUUGUAAAUGUGAAUCUGCCUGACCUGGCUGUGGGUCUGAUCCUGCUGGCGCUCUCUCUGCUGGUCCUCUGCACCUGCCUGAUCCUUAUUGUCAAGUUGCUUAACUCCAUGCUGAAAGGACAGGUGGCUAUAGUAAUCAAAAAGAUCCUCAACACCAAUUUCCCGUUUCCGUUCGGAUGGGUCACAGGUUACAUUGCCAUCCUUGUUGGAGCUGGUAUGACUUUCAUCGUGCAGAGCAGCUCUGUCUUCACUUCGGCUAUUACUCCACUUGUUGGUAUCGGUGUCAUCAGCAUAGAGAGGGCAUACCCUUUGUCCUUGGGUUCAAACAUCGGCACAACCACAACCGCCAUUCUAGCAGCCAUGGCAAGUCCAGGAGAGACACUAGCAAAUGCUCUUCAGAUUGCCUUGGUGCACUUCUUGUUCAACAUCUCUGGCAUCGUCCUGUGGUAUCCCAUCCCUUUCACUCGGCUUCCCAUCCGGCUGGCUAAAAGUCUGGGAAACGUGACGGCUUCCUACCGCUGGUUUGCGGGGGUCUACAUAGUCUGCUGCUUCUUUGUUUUACCCCUGCUUGUCUUCAGUCUGUCCCUGGCUGGCUGGAAAGUCCUGGUGGGUGUCGGCGUUCCUCUGCUUGUGCUGCUCAUCGCCAUCGUGGUGAUCAAUGUGCUGCAGAGGAAAAAACCCAACUUUUUACCCUCUGCUCUUCGGUCGUGGGACUUUCUGCCUCUCUGGGCCCACUCCCUGGAUCCUUGGGACAAAGUGGUCACUGUGGCUGCUGCCAAAUGCUGCUGCUGCUGCAAAUGUUGCCAAAUUGCAACUGAAAAACAAGACGAUGAAGAGCAAAACUCUGAUGAAAAAGACCAGGAAAUACACGCGUAUGACAACCUUGCAAUGACUACAGAGGAGAAAGACAAAGAUCAGACAAAAAAAGCUAAAGCAAAAGAGCUAAAUAUUCUCAGCGUGACUCAGCUUUAGGGGCCAAUUCUUAUUGAUUAUUGACAUAAAAUGGCAGGUUUUGUAAAAAACAACAACAGGGUUUUCCAGAGACAUGUGGUGGUUAAUAUAUUUGGUAUAAAACCCAACAAAAAUGCUCAUAAAGUCUAUCUGAAGACAAGACAAAAAAAACCCCAAACAAUGAUGCAAAAAUGUGCGAUUUUCCUCACCUGGAAGCCUUAAAACCAUUAAAAUGAGGGUCUAUUGCCAGGUGCGCUGCUAGAAUCUCUGGGGACUUUGGGCAACAACCCCAAAAACUCAUUAUUUAAUAUAUUAAAUUAUCCAAAAUAGAGUAAAUUAAAUUUUAUGUUGUUUUUUUUCUUCAAAUUUGCACACUUAUGUAUGUAAUGAAAAAAGAUAAAUUGGUAAUGUAUUUUUUAUAAAGUUUUGGUUGUUUUUGUAUGACAUUUUUGAAAAUUUAGCUUUUGCUGCAUUUGUAUUACUGUACACAUACAAUGUUUACACUUUUUUUUCACAGUUUACAAAGAUAAAGUGACUCAACAGAGUUCAAAUACAUACAUACUGUGCAUAACAGCUAUUUUCAGUGACACAUAUAACUUUUAUUGCAGGAAUUCAUAAAAUAAGAAAUGAUUAAUAAAGACUCACCUCGAUCAUCUUUUAAUGCAUUUUAAACACAUUCCCACUUAUAUUUUAGUUGUGAUUAUGAUGUUUUUAUCUAAAAUAAAAAUAAAAAAAACAGUUGUUUUCUGGGACAUAGUUUCUGCAAAGCGGCAGGAGGUUAUUAGAAAUUUGUCUCUAAAUUGUGGGUGGGACUGUUGAGACAGAGUACAGACUUCCCCGUCAUCCAUCCAUAUUACACGUUCUUCCUCAAGCUACAACCCUUCACAUCCCCAUGCAUGAGGGUUGAACAGAGCAGGGAGCUUGUGGCUCGCCCAGCAUAUUUUCUACAUCACAAAUACAAUGUUUUCCAAUUUGAAUAAAGAAAUACUCAGAAAUGCAAUUUUGAACUUAAUUUUCUCAAUAUAGGUCCUGUAUUAUCAGAAAAAAUCCACUAAAACAGGUUUAAAAAAACACCCAUAACACAAUUUUCACCAGAGAGGAUUUUUAAAGCACUUUAACAGUUGAACAACUAAACCUUCAGUUAUUCACAAAAUGAUUUUUUCCCCUCCAGAAUAGGAGUUUUUUUUAUUGUUUGUUUGUAAGUUAAUCAGUUGACUGUCAGUGUCCUCUUGGUACACUACUUGCCCACAUCAGAACCUGCAGAACAGCCCCUGCAGGAAACACUGAGAUUAGGGAGUUUUUUACUUUUCUUGCACUGUCAAUGCAAAGGCUCCAUGAUGUUGCUGUAGUGAGCCCCUUUUGGCCGGCGGCCGAUAAAUCUGCCGGCCCAACCUGUUGGGAACAGGUUUGAACAGAAAUCUAGAACAUUUGUUACUCUGGUAACAUUUAUUGAAUUCGUGGAAGCUGAUUCAGACAGGGGUUGUGAUCCGGACUUGGGCUACUGUUUUGUCUGUGUUGUACUGACCUGUCACUGAGGCUGAAAACUGCAUUGAGGGACAGCCAAAAGUCCUCUUUUCUGAUUGCAAUUUGACCUUUGGGCUUCCAUAGAGCUGGAAAUAAAACGUGACAGCAGUUUGAUAUUAGAUAACCAGAAGGAAGAAUUUUGCACUCAUAUCACAUUUAUCUUAGUUCUGCUUUUUUUUUUAAACACUGGAAAAGGGCAACUUAAACCUGAACACACUGUUUUAAAAUGUUAAAUUAUUUUGUAAUCUGAGAGAUAUAUGACAAUGUGAUGCCUAACACGUGAGCUGACAGCAUUUCACACACCUGUGUAUUUAUUAAUUUACAGUAAAUUGUUUAUGACCUUAAAACUGCUUUCAUAUGUUAAUAUGGAAUAAAGAGUCACUCUGCCGGGGAUGAAACCAUCGGAUCAUCACUUUGAA